AUGAACAUUAAAGUGCAAUUCUUGACAAACAAUAAAGAAAAAUCAUGUAUUUUAACUGUAAAUAGACAUCAAUAUAUAUUUAACAUGUUUGAAGGAUAUCAGAGAGUUGCUCUAAAUUAUAACAUGACUAUUUUAAGUCCUAAAGCUAUAUUUUUAUCUUAUAAAUACUCAAUGUCUUGA